UCAAGUCUAUUUUUUUCACAGCACUGAAUGUCAUGUGGUGUUUGUGAAGUACAGCUUACUUAUUUGAUUUUAUGGUGGAAUUUGUUAAUUUUCGUGUUUAUUUCUAUGCACUGUGGCUUUAUUCCAGCGUAAGUGGCGCAGCAAAAAUAGACUUGGCGCCGAAACGAUCGCGACACUGCCGCUUCUGCUCUGCUCCUGCUACGUGCCGCCUCUGCGUGCGGUGUGAAUACUCUGAUCUGUUAACAUGGGCGCCGAAAAAAAUAUGCGCUGCUUACGCGUGCGGUGUGAAACCGGCGUCAGUUUGCAGUCAGUUGUAGUCUGAGCGGUGUGUUCAAGCGCAGCUUUUUGGUCCAGACCCUGUCGAGAUGAGGCAACAACACCGUCAGCUUUUGUCGCUGCUAGUUCUUUGAAGUCGGCUUGGUGUGUCCCGCCUUAAAUGCUUUUAUGUUGGUUUUCACAUCUUUUGCUUUGUGGCUUUAAACUGCGGAUAACUUGUAUUUGUCUUUUUUUCUUUUCUUUUUUUUUGCUUUAGACCUGCUGGUGCUGAAAGAGGAGAAUCAAGAUCCGAAUGAAAUGGAACAGACAGAUCAGUAUGAGAAACACCAUGAUGUCAUAACUGGUGAAAAGGCCACACAGACUAAAACGACUUCCAAACGAAAAAGAGCUCAGAAAACCAAAUCUAACAGCCAUUUCACCUGCCGUCAUUGUGGGAGGAGUUUCGGUGAAAAACAAAAACUUCAAAUGCACGUGAGAGUUCACAAUGGAGAGAGGCCAUUCCCCUGCCAAGAGUGUGGAAAGAGCUUCACUCAGCAAGGAGCCCUUAAAAGUCACAUGAGAACUCACUCAGGAGAGAGGCCAUUCACUUGCCAGCAGUGUGGAAAUGGUUUCACUCAAAAAGCACACCUUAAAAGUCACAUGAGAACUCACUCAGGAGAGAGGCCAUUCACCUGCCAGCAGUGUGGAAACAGUUUUACUCAACAAGGAGCCCUUAAUAAUCACAUGAGAGCUCAUUCUGGAGAGAGGCCAUUCCCCUGCCAACAGUGUGGAAAGAGUUUUACUCAACAAGGAGCCCUUAAUAAUCACAUGAAAACUCACUCAGGAGAGAAGCCUUACACCUGCCAGCAGUGUGGGAAGAGUUUCACUCAAAAAGCAAACCUUCAAAGUCACAUGAGAACUCACUCAGGAGAGAAGCCUUACGCUUGCCGUCAGUGUGGAAAGAGUUUCACACAUUUAUACUCCCUUCAUUUCCACAUGAGCAUUCACUCUGGAGAGAAGCCUUAUACAUGUGAACAGUGUGGAAAGAGUUUCCCUGCAAAACAAAGCCUUAAAGUCCACAUGAGAGUUCACACUGGAGAGAAGCCUUACUCUUGCGAGUAUUGUGGGAAGAGUUUCACACAUAUAUACACCCGUAAUUACCACAUGAGAGUUCACACUGGAAAGCAGCUGUUCACAUGUGAUCGUUGUGGAAAGAACCUCGCAACAGAAUUUAGCCUUAAGUGUCACAAGAUUAGGCACACUGGAAAGAAACCCUUCAAAUGUGAUCAGUGUGGAAGGGGUUUUGUACGUAAGAUAAGCCUUGAUUACCACAUGAAGACUCAUUCAGCAGAGAAAUGCUGUAAAUGUGCUCAGUGUGGAAAGAGUUUCAGUCAUAAAGCUAGCCUCAGUGCUCACAUUAAUAAACACAGGAAGCCUGUGGGAAGAGCAUCCCACAAAUAGAAAAUCUUAAUAUUCACAUGAAAUAUGUGUGGAAUUAUUUUCAUAUGCCAUCAUUGUGCAAAGUGUUUCACAGUCAAAGGAAACCUGAAGACUCAUAUAGGAGUUCACGCUGGAGAGAGGCCUUUCAAGAUCAUUCUGGAAAUAAAGUGUGACUGUGAUGAGGUUUACCAUUUCAAAAAUCGGCAACAUAUUCAUUCUGGAGGAAGCCAUGAAGCACCUUCAUAGCCAUGUCUUUUAUUUGUAUUCUUCACUUUUUAAUACUUGUCUUGAGGCUUUAUAUAUGUAUGUAUAUGAUCUCCUGUAUCCACACCUAAAUGUAUCAAAUAUUACAGUAGAC